GGCAUCCCUCAGAUUUUCAUAAGUCAAUACACAUUCCUCGCAAAAAUAAUAUGGGAAGUCUUUAGGAAAAAGUUUAGUGAGUGGUUUUGGUAGUUUAGAGAAUGAACCGCCUAUAAAAACUUGCAUGCCCUAGAAAAGUUUGCAUCCCUUUUGCAUCUUGAGGAUAGGGUAAAUUUUCUAUUACCUCUAUUCUUUCUUAACAAUGCAGGAGAGUUGGAUGUAGUAAUUGCAUUAAAAAAAGAAGAGGAUACACAUGCACAACCCAUACAUCGCCAUAGAGGCACGAGCCAUCUAGAGAACCAAACGACUAAGCAUUACUAACCCAAGAAUUCACGAGUAAUAGGCAACAAACUCAUCCUAGACUAGAACAAGAGUGUUGUGCAUGGCAAGAUAGCAAAACACCAGUCAACAACAACACAACUCAAACAUGACUCCAAAGAUGACAACAAUUGAAGCACAAUCAACCCAAGGAUGAAUCCGCCACCAGCCAUGAGUCAACAACACUCGCGCAAGUGUAAAUAGUCAGCACGAUGUCACCGAACAAUGAGACCAUGCCCAGCGCCAUCAGACCAGCAGCCACACAGGCCACAGAAGGAGAACGGAGGAAUGGACGAGCACAAACUAGAGGGGGUGGGGGGCAUGAGUCGUACAACAACGAGGAUGACAACAUCCAUGAUAAACAAACGAGGGGCGGGAGAGCGAAGGAGAGGCAGGCGGCAAUGCCCCAAAGCCAUCCGACAGGAGAAGAUGAUGUAGAACCGUGGGAGAAUUGCACUAUGGUAUGUUGUGCUAUGACCUAUGAAUCGAAACUUCCCACGGGAAUCGGGGCCCUAUAGGCGGGACAAAAUUUGAGCAUCACACUGGACUAGACAUGGAGACAGACAUCCGGUCCCUAGCCCAAGCAGUCAAGAACGACGAGAAUGACUUGGCAGUAAAGCAGGGAUCUAAAGUCUUGUUUAGGGAGAUGAAAUUCCUAGCGAGGUUAAAAAUAUGUUUCCUUUUUGCUUGGACCCCAGUAGCAACGCUCCCGCAACAUAAAUUGCCGCGAGAAACGUUCUUAAAUGCUAUCCUUCAUAGGAACGUUCGCUGUAUAGCAUUACCGUUUGGCUUUUGUAUUGCCCUUGGUGGUUGUUUGUUGAUGGAACAUAAGAUAUUUUCCAGCUAAGACCAAAACCUCUGUUGAACUCUGAGUCUCGCGUGUUUUUCUACCUAACAGAGCGACCAGCCAUCUCAGGCAUGCAAGGUCAACACUUUGAAGCCAAAUUCAACGCGCGAAUAGCUCACGAGGCCUGGUAGACGUCGACGGGUCUCGGUCAAGGUGCAGAAGGAUAACAUUUCUUGGCAGCCGGGACAAGUUGUGGCGUGAACGAACUGUGCCUUGCAGAGUGCGAAGAAGUGGCGAACCGCUGGUACAUAUCGCUACCCUACGGAGAGAGAAGGUGGCCGCGCUUCUCGUCGUCCUCUAUCAGUGCAUGUACCCAUGACGGCCGUAUAGUUUCAACGGUCCAACCGCGACUUGCAAAACCGCGUGACUGUGUGCCACUGUGCUGCUUGAUUGGGGUGCUAGCCAGACAUAUAAUGGCGACGUUGAAGUACUUCGUAUUUUGCUUAGGUGUGGUACAGCUCUUGAUUUGUUGGUGCGUAUCGAAAUUCAGCCACUUGGAGGCAUUUCUUGAAUCUCUUCCGAUUCAGUUUUUGGUUUUUGGUUUCUUCCCUCUGUCAGUUUUUUGUUUUCUCAUCUCCGGACUUUCUAUCGGAGUAUCAGAAACUUAAGCCCUAUUCGAUAAUCAUUCACUCCCGAAAUCUGCGAAGCAGGGAAAUUGCAACUUCGCCGUUUUGAACUCCAGCUCCGCCAACUCCACUCUCGAAGUUGUGGAGCGGUACCGAACAGGGCCUUAACUUCUUGAUCGAUUGGUCCGUCCGUUGUGUUGUUUCCAGAGAUGCUACGAGAAGCGUAAGAAUUAUUAGGAGACGACAAAAUUCCUUUUUUUAUCGCCAAAUAUCUUGGUGUUUCUCUUUGUGAUUCGGGGUAGGCUACAAACCACUACGAUCGAGCAGAAUUUCGCCAGCUUCCUCCAAGAAAUGGGCUGCCUAUGCCUAUUCUGGGACAAAUGGAGGCGCAAGAGACGGCCGGAGGCGUCGGCGCCGGCUUCCAAGGCGGCAGCCGCAGCCUCCUACUAUGCCGCCGCUGCCUCGACCGCAUCGCCAGCCUGCAGCGCGACUGCUACGAGCACAUCCGACGGCUCAGGCGCGCGGCCGGCGUCGAGCAAGUCCUUGGGCUCCUCCGCACGGAGCAUCCCGGAGCUGUACGGGGAAAGGGGCGCGCAAAGCCUGCUGGAGUUCGGCCUCAGCGAGCUCCGUGGCGCCACGGCCAACUUCAGCCCGCUGCUCAUGGUCGGCAUGGGCGGCUUCGGGUGCGUCUACAGGGGCGCCCUCCGCCUCCCCGGCGGGAACCCCCACGGCACGGCGGUCGCCGUCAAGAAGCUCAACCCCAACGGCGGCCAGGGACACAAGGAAUGGCUGGCCGAGGUCCAAUUCCUCGGCAUCGUCGAGCACCCGAACCUCGUCAAGCUCGUCGGCUACUGCGCAACGCAGACCGAUCAAGGGCCGCAGAGGCUUCUGGUCUAUGAGUUCAUGCCCAACAAGACCCUGGACGACCACCUGUUCAACCCAGAGCACCCUGUCCUCCCAUGGGACGUCAGGUUGCAGGUAGCAUUGGGUGCUGCUGAAGGGUUACUGUAUCUCCACGAGGGCCUUGAGCUUCAGAUUAUAUACCGCGAUUUCAAGGCUGCAAACAUACUGUUGGAUGAGGAGUUCAGACCCAAACUUUCAGACUUUGGAUUAGCAAGGGAGGGGCCAUCCGAAGGUCAAACCCAUGUAUCUACAGUGGUAAUGGGAACCUACGGCUACGCAGCUCCAGACUAUGUCCAGACAGGGCAUCUCACCACCAAGAGCGACGUCUGGAGCUUCGGAGUGGUAAUGUAUGAAAUCCUCACGGCUCGACACUCGGUAGAGAAAAAACGCCCCAAGAACGAACAGAAGCUCCUAGAGUGGGUGAGGCGGCACCCAGCCGACAGCGAACAGUUCAGCAAGAUCAUCGACACAAGGCUUGAAGGGAGAUACUCCAUGAGAGGAGCAAGAGAGAUCGCCAAGCUGGCCAACAGCUGCCUUGCAAAGUAUGCAAAGGACCGCCCCGCAAUGGUGGAGGUGGUCGAGAGGCUGAAGCUGGCAAUGCAGCACAAGGAACUGGAUGGUCAGGAUGUCCGUUCACUGGAAGAAAGCUCGCUUCUUCAUGAGGCACCAACGACACCACCCAUGGAGGAUGAGGCUGCGGUGUCGGCAAGGCGGCGGAUGCUUCAUUUGGCUGCCCUAGGAAGGAUGCCGAUUUUCUCAAGUGAACAUCUAGCUACAGGAGGAACAGAGAACAGGGGCUGAAGCGGGCAGGUCAGCACCUGAGCUGUAAAGGCCAGAAUGGUUUUUCUUUGCUAGGUUAUCUAUAAUGAUUAAUGACAGCAAUUCCCACCCUAUUUGGUCCAUGCCCCCUUGUACUCGCUUCUGACUAGUCUAUUAUACCCUCAACUGAUUAACUAUAUUUCCAAAAACUAACUUAGAAUAAACUUGUUAAAACCCCAAGAAACGUUCUAUAGCUUGUAAAAAUGUCUUACAUUAUGGGACGGAGGGGGUAUGUUUUUGUUUUCAACAAAGCUCAUGACACAGAAAGUUAAAUCGCAUCUCAGUCAGCAUCAGCAUCCUCGUAAUAUAUGGUAUUAAGUGUGGCAUUGUAACAACAGAGCGAACAGUGGUUCUUUUUCUUAAGCAACAGUGUAAAUUUCACA